CUUUCUAUAGUUAGAUCAGAGAUACUUUAGCUCAGGAUUUUUCUUCUUUUUAUCGCAUAUUACAUGAUUUUGUUGUUGUUGUUGAUGAGAUUUGUGGUGUAUUGAUACUCAGAAAGGGUUUUCUGGUCAAGUGGAGAUGGAAAAUUUGGAGACGAAGACCGUAGAUUCAUCGCAGUGCGUUCGAGUCGCGGUUAACAUCCGUCCAUUGAUUACUUCCGAGGUUUUGUUUGGCUGUACGGAUUGUAUUUCCGUUGUUCCGGGUGAACCACAGGUGCAAAUCGGUUCACAUUCAUUCACAUAUGAUUAUGUUUAUGGUGGCACGGGAUCUCCUCCUUCCAUUUACGAAGAUUGUGUUGCUCCAUUGGUAGAUGCACUCUUCCACGGCUACAAUGCUACCGUCCUUGCUUAUGGGCAGACUGGUUCUGGCAAAACAUACACAAUGGGAACCAAUUAUACAGGGGAAGGAAGUAGCUUUGGUAUUAUCCCCAAGGUCAUGGAUAGUAUUUUCAAAGGAGUCUCCAGUAAGAAAUCUAACACAGAAUUCUUAAUUAGGGUCUCUUUUAUCGAGAUAUUCAAGGAGGAGGUGUUUGAUUUACUUGACACGAGUUCAACAAGUUUCUCUAAGAACGAAGGGGCAGCUCCUUCGAAGCCUGCUGGGCCUGUAAGAGCUCCGAUUCAAAUUAGAGAAACUGCGAAUGGAGGGAUAACACUUGCUGGUGUGACCGAAGCAGAGGUUCAAACAAAGGAAGAGAUGUCAUCGUAUUUGACUCGUGGUUCUUUAUCUCGGGCUACUGCUAGUACUAAUAUGAAUAGUCAGUCAAGCCGCUCACAUGCUAUCUUUACAAUAACCAUGGAGCAAAAAAAGAUUGUUAACUGUCCAAAUGGAACAACCACUGAUGAUUUUGGAGAUGAAAUUCUUUGUGCAAAAUUACACUUGGUGGACCUUGCAGGUUCUGAGCGAGCUAAGCGAACGGGUGCUGAUGGCAUGCGCUUUAAAGAAGGCAUUCAUAUAAACAAGGGUUUACUGGCUCUUGGCAAUGUGAUAAGUGCCUUGGGAGAUGAGAAGAAGCGGAAAGAAGGUGGCCACGUUCCUUAUCGUGAUAGCAAAUUAACGCGCUUAUUACAGGAUUCUCUCGGAGGAAAUAGCAAGACAGUGAUGAUAGCUUGUGUUAGUCCUGCCGACACAAAUGCCGAGGAGACAUUGAACACAUUAAAGUACGCAAACCGUGCUCGUAACAUCCAAAACAAGGCAGUUAUCAAUCGUGAUCCAAUGGCGGCCCAAUUGCAAAGAAUGAGGAGCCAAGUUGAGCAAUUGCAAGCUGAGCUUUUAUUUUAUCGUGGUGAUGCCGGUACUCCUUAUGAGGAAUUACAGAUCCUUAAAAAGAAAGUGUCUUUACUUGAAGCAAGCAAAGAGGAGCUUCAACGGGAGUUGCAAGAGCGUCAAGUUACUUGCGAACAUUUAACACAGCGAGCUUUUGAAGCUCAGGUUGAGAAAGAUAAACUAGCCAUGAAAAUUGAAAUGGCUCGAAAUGGAAAAUCUUGGGAUGAAGUCGACUUUCAGUCAGAGCAGGAUCAUGACUUGUUGAAAAAUUAUGUCUCCAAAAUUCAAGAGCUAGAAGGAGAAUUGUUGCAGUUAAAGAAUUCGAACAAUAGAAAACAUGGGUUUAUUGAUUGUGCUGACUCGGAUGAUGAUGAAUUUCGCUCUAAGAAUGUACUAUUUCCUUGUAGCAAUGAGUAUUCUGAUUAUGAUUGCAAAAUUGGGGACAUAACAGAUGAUAUUGUUGAUCAUGAGAAGGAGCAAGAACAUUCUUCUGUUCAAGAAAAAUUGGACCGUGAACUGAAAGAAUUGGAUAAGGAACUUGAACAAAAGGAGGCCGAAAUGAAGCGAGUUGCAAGUGGUAAUACCUCAGUUCUUAAACAACAUUAUGAGAAAAAAGUUCAUGAGUUAGAACAAGAGAAGAGAGUUUUACAGAGAGAGAUUGACGAAUUAAGACACAAUCUUGCAAAUAUAUCAUCUACUACUGAUGACGGAGCUCAGAAGUUGAAGGAAGAUUACUUGCAGAAGUUGAAUCUUCUUGAAUCACAGGUGUCCGUGUUGAAGAAAAAACAAGAUGCUCAAGCGCAGCUGUUGAGACAAAAACAGAAAAGUGACGAGGCAGCAAAACGACUACAAGACGAGAUUCAGAGAAUAAAAACUCAAAAGGUUCAACUUCAACAUAAGAUCAAACAAGAGUCUGAGCAAUUUAGGUUAUGGAAAGCGUCUCGAGAGAAAGAAGUUCUCCAGCUUAAGAAAGAGGGAAGGAGAAAUGAGUAUGAGAUGCAUAAGCUAUUAGCUUUAAAUCAAAGGCAAAAAAUGGUUUUACAACGAAAGACAGAAGAAGCCUCUAUGGCUACAAAAAGGCUAAAAGAGCUUUUAGAAGCUCGGAAAGCUUCUUCACGUGAGACUUCUGGUGCUGGAAGUAUCAAUGGUCCAGGAAUUCAGGCUCUGAUGCAAGCAAUUGAACAUGAGCUUGAAGUCACUCUACGGGUACAUGAAGUGCGCUCUGAAUAUGAGAGACAAAUGGAAGAGCGGGCUAGAAUGGCCAAGGAGAUUGCAAGGCUUAAGGAAGAAGCAGAGAUGUUGAAACAAGCAAAUUCAAGAGAUUGUCCUGAAACGAUGUCUCCUGGUGCAAGAAACUCACGGAUUUAUGCACUUGAAAAUAUGCUUUCUUCUUCAUCUAGCACCCUUGUUUCUAUGGCAUCACAAUUAUCAGAAGCAGAAGAGCGCGAACGGGGUUUUAGCGGCAGGGGUCGUUGGAAUCAAGUUCGGUCUCUUGCUGAUGCAAAGAAUUUGAUGAAUUAUCUUUUCAAUUUAGCAUCUUCAUCCAGGUGCUUGCAGCGCGAUACAGAAGUUGUAUGCAGAGAGAAAGAUUUACAAAUAAGAGAUUUGAAGGGAAAAAUUGUGAGUUUAAGUAGUUUGCUUAGAAAAUCAGAGAUACAAAAGGCUGAGCUUAUUCAUCAGGUGAAGUCUCAGAAUGUAGCUCUGAAACAUUAUUCCAAGGGAGGGCAUAAUUAUGACUUACGCAAACUGGAUCACCGGAGCUCAUUCAUUGUCUUUGAGGACAUGGAUACAUCCGACUCAGAGAAAUCAGAUACAGAAAAGUCAGAUGUGGAUUAUUCAAGUGAAGAGGAGACACCUAAGAGACAACGAGUUAAGAAAAGAGACUCUAAAACCAGAAACCAUUCUACCACUGGAUCUCAUCCAUCAAAUAACAGCGAUCGUGAGAGCCUAAACUUAGACAGCUCAGGGGAGGGAAUUGUUGCCGUUUGUGAUAAGAACAAUGCUACAAGAUCAGGAGUAUGCUGUUCUUGCACGAAGAGCUCAUCGUGCAAAACAAACAAAUGUCAAUGCCGCUCUUCUGGUGGGCUUUGUGGGAUUUCGUGUGGUUGCAUGGUCAGUAAAUGUGCCAAUCGAGAAGUCGACAAGUCGCAGCAGUCAAAUUUGGCUGAAGGGAUUGUUAAUGGUAUAGGGACUGAUGAAGCAGAGAAGGAUAGACUUCUUGCUUCUCAUGGGGCCAUGCUUCUACAGAAUGCGUUGGUCGAUAAACCUACCGAGACAAAUGAAGAUGGUGGUCCAAGAAGAAAAGCUCUUUCUGACAUUGGAAACACAGCGGCAAAACCUAAUGUACCAAAGCCUAACAAGAGAAAGAAAUGGAGGACACCUACGAUACAACUAGUUACCAAUCCUCCGCCGCCUUCAUCUCAGCCAGAAAGCAGUGAACAAUCACACUUACCGCCACCACAACCACAACCGCAAUCUCAGAAGCUAGAUAACAAUGCAAAUGGGACUGACAUUCCUGUAAAAUUACCAAGGGCAAUGCGGUCUGCCACCAUGACUAUUGGUGGCGAUUUAUUCAAAGAGAGGAAUGUUGAGAAAACAGAAGAAUCAAGUGUCAACAAAGAUACAGCUGGGGGGGCUCUGGCUCCUCCUAGAAGUCCUGUUAGGCAAAACAGGACAUCAGAUGAAAAGGAGAACUUUGGCCAUUAAAUAAUCAUAGUUUUAGUGAGUUUCUCACUCAUUGCUCAUGGCAUUGGUAACAUUGAUUGAUCUAAAUUUCUUAUUUUGUCAUAUUCUCCAAUGUUUCAUUGUUGUACUUGUAACACUUGCUCUUGUUUGAGUGAACAAAUGAAUGAAAUGCUUGGUAUCAUGUCUGUUCUAAGUUUAAACAAACACGUGAACUUGAACUUGUUUUUUUAAUACAUGUGUAUAUGUGAAAA